AUGCAUGUUCUGAGCAAACAUAUAAAAGGUCAUAAAACUGUUUGCAAGGAGUUAGGAAUCGGAAAAGCUGAAUUAUGCCAAAUCAUAAAGGAUGAUCCACUAGAGUUUAUUAGAUUGGCUUCAAAACCGGAACAGAAGGGGACUAGAAGGGACUACUAUGAUGACCCGCGUUGUUAUUUGGAGAAAACAACUUUCUUGUUGAAAUUGGGGUAUCUUGAGAACUCUGAGGAGAUGGAAGAAGCGGUGAAGGUGUUUAAAGGGAGAGGUGAUCAGUUACAAGAGAGAUUCGAUUGCCUGGUAGAAGCUGGUUUGGAUUAUAACAGAGUGGUUGAAAUGAUAAAGCGAGUUCCUGUGAUUCUAAAUCUGAAGAGAACUUUAAUUCAAAAGAAGAUUGAUUUCUUAAUAAAUGUUUUAGGUUACCCAAUAGAAUGUCUUUUGGGAUACCCGACAUACUUUUGCCAUGAUUUGGACAAAAUUACUGCAAGAUUUUCAAUGUAUGAGUGGUUGAAGACGAGGAAUGCAAUAAAUCCUGAGUUAAACUUGAGUAGCAUAGUUUCAUCUAAUGAAAAACGGUUUGUAAAAUACUUUGUGAAUGUGCAUCCUGAAGGUCCAGCCAUUUGGCAAAGUAUAACAAGUUUAUCAAAUAAAGAUAAGAAAUAACAGUUCUUUCUAUUAUAUCAAGUUUUGUUGAGAUUUGUCUAUUUAUCUUAAUA